CCUAUCAUCUCUGAAUCAUCCAUCCUGAAUACCCCAUACCCCCCAAUCUCAUCCCAUCCAUCCCCUGAAACACGGUCCAACGCCGCAUCCCCCGACCCGUCGCAGCGCGUGGUCAACUGACGUCGCACCCCAAGUCGUCAUCCUCACUCCUUGCCGCCCUCCUCCUCCCACCUAUAUAAUCUCCCGCCCGCCUCCCCUUUCCUCUAUCCAUUCUUCCCAAGAUGAUGCCCUCCCGCACCCUCAUCCCCCGCAUCACCCCUCUCAUGCGACACACCGUCACCUACCCACCCGUCAUCAUCCAUACCACCGGCGCCGCCGCUGCUGCCUCCCGUCACUACGAGCACAGCUUUGAGAACGAUACCGAGUUUUCUCCUUGGUGGUUUGCCAACUCUGCGCCUGUACCUUGUGUCCACCCGAACCAAACAACCACAGCCGUUAGCCACGGCCCUCCCUCCCCUACACCCAUCCUCACCCCAUCCGCGCCGAAUCAGCAACCCACACACAACCAAGACCCGGCCAAGAAGUCUCACUACACCCCACCGCCUUACACUUGGGUAGACUAUCGACUCAGCAUGGUCUGAAACGCGUUUUCCUCACGCGUUGUUUUCCUCCUAACGAAGGUUGAUACGAAAAAAAAACUUUUUCUCCGGGUCUUUUGAGUUCUCUGGGAUUGUUGUGAUUCUAAUUGUUUGUAUACCCUUUCUACAUAGGACAUUCUGUACAUAGUCAUCCACACACGAUUCACCUUCAUUUUCACACGUACCCACAAGCUGCAGCUGUUUCACACGCACGUAAUGUUCUGUAUGUAAUCACUGCUCCCGA